AUGGCCUUGUCGUGGCGUCGUGGAUCCGGGGCUUCGUCCAACCGAGGGGGUGGCCCUGGCCGGGGACGUGAUACGCCGUGGCGAAAGGCGAGAGGUGAUGACACGAAAACCCCAAGCAAAGGCGUCUGUCAUUUCUUUCAGAGAACAGGUUCUUGUCGUUUUGGGACCUCUUGUCGAUACUCUCACGACCUCGAGACGUCAAACGAGCGACAGUCAACCAGUGGAAACGGCACUCAUCCCACCCAGUCCUCUCGUCAGGAGUUCGACUUUCAGGAUCAAUACGGGGAUGUCAAGAGACUGCUUAGACCAAACCGUGGUCGCUCACUGUUCAAUUCCUCCACGCAACCUUCCCGACAGGUUUCGAAUACCGAUGCCUAUAAGUUCUGGACAAACGCUGUUGCCAUCCUAGACGAAGAUAACCACCAGAUACACCACCUUCUCGCCAAGGACCUGGUCAACGAUAAUCUCAGGGGCCACGAGUACAUGGCAACUAGUAUGAACAUGGAUGACGGCGAUAUAGAUAGGUCUGUCAUCUCUGCCAUGGCUUAUCUGAAGGUCAUCACCCAUCCCGCGCUGCUGGAUCCCAUCUCCAUCGACGGCUUUGUCGGUGAGAUCUACACCUUCUUCGGUGGCGCAAACGGAGACAGGGCCAUCUCCUUUCUGACCAAAUUAUGCGACCGACUGCGAAGAUACUACGCUUUUUAUUGUGCUGAACCGAGCCUGGAGUCAAAGUUCGAAACCAAGAAUACGACUGUCGCCUUGCUCAUGCUCGAGGCUCUUUCCCAGCUCCUCCAUCGACAGCUUCGUGUCUGCUUCAACGGAGAUCUAAACCCACUCGUGAACCAACUGGAGCAGCUCUCGGCCGAAUCUGACCUCGAUGCCAACACAGCCAUCCCCGCGCGUCUCGCAUGGCUGUGGCAGUUGUUGAAGCGGGAACAGGCUCGAGUAGCUGCCGACGCCCCGAAUUCGGAAGGGAAAGGCAAUGCACGAGUCCCACAGCACAUGGACCUUCGGUCCAUCCGAGGCCGGCACGACAACGACUUUGCCGACAUCUCUCGGAUCCAGAUUCUCCCCACCUACAGCGAGAUCGACAGCGACGAGACCGAAUAUCUCCCGUCCACCGACCUCACCAGGCCCAACGUCAUCGAAGAUCCGGUUCAGCGCCAUCUGGACUGCGCUUUCCGGCUGCUACGCCACGACAUCUUCGGUCCGGUCAAGGACGCGCUCAAAGAUCUACUGGCCCAAGAUGUUUCGUGCAACCGCUCAGUUCCUCGGUUUAACAGUGACAAGAGUGCUCAGAUCUAUGCAAAAGCGAGCAUCCAACACGUCUUUGUCGAAGGACAUGGGCCGAACCCCCUACAGGCGAGUGUUGUCUUUGAGCUUCCGUAUCAGCUCCGAAAAAAGUCUGUGGACGAACAACGUCGCUGGUGGCAAGACUCCUCUCGACUGGAGGAAGGGGAGCUCGUGGCGUUUAUGUUCCCGGACGGGAAUGAGAAGCGGUUGCUUUUCCUUGAGGUCACCGUGAAGAGGGUUGAGGGUCCGAAAAAGGGGGCCGAGAAGGGAGAGAGGCGGAGCAACACCAUCCGCCUCGUCUCCAAGAAUCAACCGCCCGCUAUCGGCGUCAAGCUCGCGACCCUUUCGGGGGAGAACGUGGCCUUGCUCAUGAAAGCCCACGGUGAGAAGAGUCAAGGUGUCCUCGUCGAGGUGAACGGGUUGAUCCCAGGGACGUUUGUUCCCGUUCUCGAAAACCUCCAGAAGAUGAUGCGCGAGGGGGACAUGGCCCUGCGACGCUGGAUCCUUCCUGGGUCUCCCAAUGAUCCAAACUCCGGGCAGCCAAGCGAGAUCCCGCCGCCGGCAUAUGCUCGUCGCCCUGGGUUCGUCUUCAAUCUCGACCCCAUUACCAAAGGCGAACCCUUAACCAUCGACGCUUCACAGCCAGAUUCCCACAGAAAUAUUGACAUGGGGAAAAUUGAGCAACUUACUGGUCUUGAUCACGGCCAAUGCGAGGGUCUCAUCGCCGCCCUGACCAGGGAGUACGCUUUGAUUCAAGGGCCGCCGGGUACUGGAAAGUCCUACGUCGGUGUUCAACUCAUGAGGGUUCUCCUCCACAACAAAGUGAAAGCAAAGCUCGGCCCUAUACUCGUCAUCUGCUACACGAACCACGCCCUGGAUCAGUUCCUCACACACCUCCUUCACUUUGGCAUCUCCAAGGUCAUCCGCAUUGGCGGGCGAAGCAAGUCUGAAGAGCUCGAAGGGAAGAAUCUCCGGGUCGUCGCCAACGAGCUCGACAAGACGCGGGUCGAGAGACAUAUCCUCGGCAAGGCUCACAGUGAAUUGGAAGAACGCUUGAAAAACGUCGGGCAGAAGCUGAAGCCUCUCCAUAAGUGCCGGAACAGACCGACGUGGGAGGGAUUAGGAAAGUUUCUUUCGAACUACUAUCCAAGGAUUCACGCGCAACUUCAGCGUUUGGACGAGGACGGGUUCGAGCUGGUUGGAGAUGAUCCGUUGGCCGUCUGGCUUGGGAGAAAGUCAAAAGGAUUCAUGUUCAAGACGAAUGACACCACCUCGGCAGUGGAUGUGGAGGAGUUGACUCGUCGCGCCGAGAAUCGCAUCCACUCACUAUCUGAAUCCGAGCGCUGGAUCCUUGCCGAGAGCUGGGCAGCCUCCAUGCGCCAGGAAGAGAGCGAGCGCUUGUUCGAGUUGCUGGACCAGGCGAUGGGCCAUCGACAAACCAUCCACAACGUCCAUGACGACCUGAACCGUCGCGCCCUCCUCCAGGCCGACGUCAUCGGCAUAACCACCACGGGUCUGUCACGAAACAUUGCGAUGCUCCGCCGCAUCCAUGCCAAGGUGGUCGUCUGCGAGGAAGCCGCCGAGGUCCUCGAGCCGCACAUCAUCUCGGCUCUCAUGCCAGGGGUGGAGCACUUCAUCCAGAUCGGCGACCAUCUGCAACUUCGACCGCAGAUUCAGAACUACUCGCUUAGUCUCGAGUCUCACCAAGGCCUCGCCUGGCAGCUUGACCGGAGCCAAUUUGAGAGACGGGCGCUCGGCGAACCGGGAAUGCUUCCUGCCCCGGUGGCUCAGCUUGAUGUCCAGCGACGGAUGCGGCCCGAGAUAUCCCAGCUCAUCAGGGGGAUCUAUCCCAAGCUCAAGGACCACGAUAGUGUCGCGAAAUUGCCGUCCGUUGUGGGUAUGCGGCAUGAUCUCUUCUGGCUGGACCACAAGCACCCGGAAACGUCGAGGGACGACGAGGCUCGCGUGAAAUCCCAUAGCAAUGAGUGGGAGGUGGGAAUGGCGACGGCACUUGUCAAACACCUCGUCCGCCAGGGUGCCUACUCGAGCUCGGAUAUUGCUCUCCUGACCCCCUACACCGGUCAGCUGAGGAAGCUGAGGGCAGCCCUGAGCAAGGAUUUCGAGAUCACCCUCAGCGACCGAGACUUGGAAACACUGGCUCGGGAAGGGGAGGGCAUCAGCGGCGACCAAGAGGAACCCAAAGAGGAAGAGGGCACCGGCAUGCAAAAGGCCCUCCAAAAGAAGAGUCUCAUCCAAACCCUCCGUCUUGCCACCGUCGACAAUUUCCAGGGAGAGGAAGCAAAGAUCAUCAUAGUGUCCCUGGUCCGGAGCAACCAGACCCGCAAAGUAGGAUUCCUCCGCACCGAAAACCGCAUCACCGUUCUCCUGAGCCGAGCCCAGCACGGGAUGUACCUCAUCGGCAACGCCGAGACCUAUCUCAACGUCCCCAUGUGGGAGGGCGUCCACGGCCGGCUUUCCCAGUCAGGGGCCGUCGGCACAUCUAUCUCCCUGUGCUGUCCCCGGCACGAAGACACCCCGAUUCUCUGCUCCACGCCGGAGGAUUUCAUGCAGAAGAGCCCCGAGGGGGGCUGCACGCUCCCCUGCGACCGGCGGCUCGAGCCGUGUGGACACAAGUGCCAGGCGCCGUGUCACUCGCAGUCUUUGCACGACGCUUUCUCAUGCGCUCAACCUUGCCCGCGGAUUCGUACGACGUGCGGGCAUGUUUGCCCCAAGCUCUGUGGGGAGAAGUGCGGACAGUGCCAGGUCUGGGUGAAGGACGUCGUGCUCCCAUGUGGUCAUAUCAAGCAGAAGGUGCGCUGCUUUGAGACUCUCAAUCUAUCCAAGAUUCGAUGUACGGUUAGGGUGAAGCAAGUCGUCCCCAGAUGCGAGCACCACGUUGAAGUCCCGUGCUACAGGGACGUCAAGGCUGAUACGUUCUCGUGUCCUACGCCGUGCCUGGAAUUCCUGGCAUGUGGACAUCAGUGUCCCGGGGUCUGCUCGACCUGUCGAAAGGAGGGGGAGAAUGGCGCCGUGGGGUUCGAACACGGGAAGUGCAAGAAGACCUGUGACCGUCCGUUUGGGACCUGCAAUCACCGGUGUUCCAGGGUCUGCCAUGACGGUGAAGAGUGUGGAAGCUGUGAGCAGAAAUGCGAGGUCCGCUGCCCUCACUCUCGCUGCAGCUCUACCUGUAGCAAGCCAUGUUCCCCCUGCAUCGAGAAAUGCACCUGGUCCUGCAAGCACAAAAAGGCCUGCACCAUGCCGUGCGCCGCUCCUUGCGACAGACUUCCAUGCAACAAGCGCUGCGACAAGACUCUCUCUUGCGGAUAUCCAUGUCCCAGCUACUGCGGCGAAGAGUGUCCCACGGACACGCGGUACUGUCGAGUGCGCGGCGACCAAGGGGACGCCUGCGUCGAUCUGCUCGAGAUGAAGAGAUACUCAGAAGUCGACCUUAACGAGAACCCCGUUAUCUUCCUCGGCUGCGGACACUUCUACACGGGAGAGACGAUAGAUGGACAUGCUUCCAUGGCAGAAAUACGUCCGAUCCGCCAAUUCUCGACGAGACGGUAUAACCGCGCGAUCAACAAAGCUGUCAUGGACGAGACGGCGAAGCGAUUCCUCACCAACGGCCUUCGAGGGAUCCAAGAACUGGAGAAGCGGUUGGAAGAGGUCCAGGAUGAUCUUGAAAGGGACCCGUCCAAGACAUCCUGGAUAAUGGAGUUCUUUCAAGCCACCAGAAAACGGUACGAGGCCGGUCUCAAGCUGUUUCAUGAUGCUGGGCUAUACCGCAAGGCGAUGGAUCUCGAGCAUCAACCCACGAUGAAGCUUUUCGACGCCAUCCUAACCCGGCAGAGAGAAGUGACCGGCCCCGCGUCUCUGGUAAAGCAGAUCGACGGACUGAACAUCUCGUUGGAGUCGCCACAAACACGCAAAACCUUGCUCGUGUCGGUCCUGGAUCGACAAGUGACCCUGAGAGCAGCUCUGGUGCAGGUACACGCCCACGAAGUGAUCGCACGGGAUCAACUCGCCGUUGCGGGCCAGAAGAAGCCGGAACCAGAGUCCGCAGAAGCCAAAGCCAAACCCACGGGUCUAACAAAGUCACCGGAGACCCUCGCAGAGUUAUGCACAGACAUCAUCACCAAGGCGAAGGAGGCAAAACUCCCCCGCGUCGCAAUCGGCGCCAUGCUCGCCUUUGCGAGACUCAGCAACCUGCAUGCGGAGCUUCGCGAGAAGCGUGAUGCUGCUCUUGAGUACCUUGAGGAUGCUCUGCGCCUCUGCGAUGGCCUGGCGGAUAGUGAGGAGCUUCGAAAAGCGGUCGAAUCUACCAAACAACGGUUGCUUAGCGGCCCACGAUAUGAAGUAGUGACGGAAGAGGAGAGGAAGUCUAUCAAGGCGGCCAUGGUUGGCGGUCCACGAGGCCUUAGCACGAACUCGGGACAUUGGUAUACUUGCGCCAAUGGACAUCCGUUCGCCAUCGGGGAGUGCGGAAUGCCGAUGCAGCUAGCUCGCUGCCCCGAGUGUGGUGCGGUAAUUGGGGGACAGGAUCACGAGCUAGUAGAUGGAGUGUCUCGGGCAAGGGAGAUGGAGUGAUUAACGGAUUCUAUGAUACGGGAUUUGGGCUACGAUGAAUGUUGCAUGCACGUGUGACUUAUAUCUCUUACCGCGCACAGCCUCGGCGUUGAUAUAUCACCCAGGGGCG